UAAGUUCUAUAUUUGCAGAAAGAAUCAAGAUUUAGGAUUUUGCAACAGCAAGCAUCAUAUGCGCUGGUUAAAGAUGGGAACUUUCGAGUGAUUCAACCUAACUUUCCUGUGAUAUUCGAAACCGACAGCCACGACUUCAGCUGGCGAGCAUUUUCAACGCUAUAUUGACCCGGCACAAGUCGAUACAAGCCCCCGGAAGGAGACUCGCCACGCUCCUCGAGAACCUCCUGCCGCUUCUUCCUUCUGCAUCCCAUCAUCAGCACCGCCCUGAAAGAAGAGAGGAAAAAGGGUACCCCACCAAAAUGGUUUUGGAGAUCUGCGUCAAGGCUGCCGCUGGAGCGCCCGACGUUCUUGGGGACUGCCCAUUUUGCCAACGCGUGAUGCUGACUUUGGAGGAGAAGAAAGUCCCGUACAAGAACAAGCUCGUCGAUCUCGGUAACAAGCCCCAAUGGUUCUUGGAGAUAAAUCCAGGAGGGAAGGUGCCACUGAUUAAGAUCGAUGAUCAGUGGAUCGCCGACUCUGAUGUGAUUGUUGGCAUUCUUGAGGAGAAAUACCCUGAGCGAUCGCUCACUCCUCCCCCUGAGUUUGCCUCUGUGGGCUCCAAAAUUUUCAUCUCCUUUGUGAAGUUUGUGAAGAGCAAGGACCCAAGUGACGGCACGGAGCAGGCAUUGCUUGAUGAACUGAAAGCGCUGGAUGAACACCUCAAGGCUCAGGGGCCAUACAUUGCUGGAGAAAAGAUAACAGCGGUUGACUUGAGUUUGGCCCCGAAAUUGUUCCAUCUCGAGGUUGCUCUUGGCCACUUCAAGAAAUGGACAAUCCCAGAAAGCUAUACUCAUGUCCACGGCUACACCAAGCUGCUGUUUGCUCGGGAGUCCUUCGUAAAGACCAAGCCAGCGAAGGAGCAUGUGGUCGCCGGAUGGGAGCCGAAGGUCAAUGCGGCAUGAAUCGCUGCUUCUGCGUUAUGAGCGUUAGUUGAACUCUUGUUAUGGAAGUGUGGUUGAGGCUUGAGAGCUCUCUGCAUAUUAGUUAAGCCAAUAAAUGUACCGACUCAUCUCACCCUUGUUGGGCUUAUGGUAUUUAUAAUUUUAAUGGUGUGGCCCGAGUGUGGUUUGAAUGGA